UGUGUCCGCCAGGCCCCGCUCCGAGGAACCAGACGAAGGACUCCGGUCCGGGAUUUCCCGCCGCCUCCCGCCGCAGGGCUGCCCCGGCGGUCAGCUGCAAAGCCCGGAGCGGGAGCGCGGGGGUGGGAGCGGCACUCAGCUCUUCACUGGGGUCGUGCCUGGGAGAGUUGAGGUUGGAGGAGGCGGUUGUUGCCCUCCGGGGGUCCCGGCUUGUGCCCCUUCCGACACUCUCCGCUUAAAACCCUCCAAAAAGAAUAAAAAACCCACACCCCACCGCAACUAUAAUAAUAAUAAAAAUCAACGAAGGACCACUGAAAAACUCCCCGGGACACCCUCUCCCCUCAGCUCGAUGGGGCCGGGGGCGCCGGGAAGGGCCGGGCGGCGUUGGCCGCUCGCCCGCGCCGCUCGCUGUGCCUGUGCGGGGCCCUAAUAAAGCUAUUUUGAAAGUGACCCCUCGGCCAGAGCGCGGGGAGGGAGCAGCGAGCCGGGCGCAGCUGUCCGGAAUCAUGACUGAAGAUGACGGAUUCCGUGGUGGUGGAGGGUCACGUCAAGUUGAGAGAUGGAAAAAAGGUCCCUGCUCCCGCUGCCCCUUCGGCCCGGUCCCGCGGCGGGCCGGGGGUCCCCGACCGACACCCCGCUUCACAGGAGGGGAGCGAGCCCACUCCUCCCUCCCGGCCCUGGCUAACGCUCUCCUUUUGCCUCUCGUUGCAGUGGAAGAGUAGGUGGGUGGUGCUGCGCAAGCCGUCCCCCGUGGCAGACUGUUUGCUCAUGCUCGUCUAUAAGGAUAAAUCUGAACGAGCUAAAGGGCAUAAGGAGAGGAGCAGCAUGACCUUAGAAGACAUCUGUGGCUUGGAUCCUGGGCUCUCCUAUGAGGGCUUGAAUCACACACUUGCAAUCAUCUGUCUCUCUCAAGUUGUGAUGCUGGGAUUUGAGAACAAGGAGACGAUGUACGCGUGGGAUGUACGGAUCCGCUACAGUCUGGGGGAAGUUCAUAGAUUUCAAGUUUUUGUAGCACCUGGCACUAAACUAGAGAGUGGGCCUGCUACCCUGCAUUUCUGCAAUGACAUUCUCGUCCUUGUGAAAGACCUUCCUCCUAGUGUCAUGGGCCAGUGGAAGCUCUCAGACCUGCGGCGGUACGGAGCUGUCCCAAACGGAUUCAUCUUUGAAGGGGGUACCAGGUGUGGCUUCUGGGCUGGUGUUUUUUUCCUUUCCUGUGCUGAAGGAGAGCAGAUCAGCUUUCUGUUUGACUGUAUCGUCCGUGGCAUCUCCCCGACGAAAGGCCCUUUUGGUUUGCGUCCAGUCCUACCAGAUCCAAGUACAAAUCCAGCCUAUUCAGAAGAAAGGUUGACUCAUGAAGCCUUGCAGUUAGAAAAGCGCUUGAGCUUGCUGUCCCAUACGAGUCGCCAGGGCAGUGGAGGAGAUGAUCGAAGUCUUUCCAGCUCAUCUUCGGAUACCAGCCACUCAGAUGUUAGCGUGGGAAGCAGACUGACAAUUUGGCCUGAACAGUCUUCAGCCAGCACUUCUCAGGAGAGUCAUGGACUGGCAGCUGCAAAGGGCAUUCAUCUUGGGGAGGAAAAGACCCUUCCAGAAGGGGCACGUGGCACCACUAAACCACCUCCAAAGCCCCUGAGAACCAGACAGCUACACGAAAUAGGCCGUCAGAGUUCUUCGGACAGUGGAAUUGCUACUGGUAGUCACUCUUCUUACUCUGGAAGCUUCUCUUCCUAUGCUGGGAGCUUGGACAUUUGCCACGGUGAUGAGUUUGGAUCAUUGCUGAGCUUGCCAUUGAACUUCCCUUCGGAUCAGAGUUUAUGUACUUGCCUGCACAGUGAGCCCCAGCGAGGCGCGGGGUCCGAGUACCAGGUGCCCAGCUCCCUCAGGCACGUUUAUGACACACCCAGGGGUUUGUUACAGGCAGCUUCUAAAGAUGUGCAUCCGAAGAGUGCAGAUUCCACACUACCCAAGGACCAGGCCCUGCCACCUCAAGGUGCUAGUGACCCAAAACUGCUGCUACCACACUUGGAAGCACGGAGGGUACCUGAGCACAGACAGGACAGAGGGAGGCCUUCAUCCUUACUCGCAGAAAGCAGCAAAGACUCCGGUGAUGAGACAUAUGUGGAUUUUGUCUCGAGGUGGUCAGACACAAAAGCACAAGGACAGGUGUCAGACUCCAAAAGUAGUGAGUUGUCACCACCUAGUGGGGCCUCAGCUGACCCCUAUGACACAUGUAACCCCCACCUUGGGAUGACAAGAGCUCUUUUUUCAGCUUGUCCAAUCUGUGGUGGACUAAAGGGAACAGCAGUAUUGCAGUCUGGAGUCUUACCAGCUGUGCCAGGUGGUGCUUGUGUCAUGGCAGCUUCUGGGUCUUUGAAAGUGCAUAGAGGGCACAGUCUCCAAGCUGCUCCUAAAAGUGGCUAUGAGAUGCUAACACUUCCUGCAGAACCUGGAACUCCCACUAGCUCUGAGGAACUUGAAGGGGCAGUAGGUUACUCAGCUGACCUGCCUGCAGCAGACCGGCCCCACAGCGAGACAGCCACCUAUGUGAAUAUUCCUGUCAGCCCCACUUCCAAAAAGCAGCUUCAUUACAUGGAACUGGAGCUGCAGGAGCCCAGCACGAGCGUGAGAGGGAGUGGAUCAUCUCGCUACGCCCAGAUCGACAUCACCGCCACGGAGACAGCCCACAAAGUGGGGACCCAGCAUGCCCAGUGCCGGGAGGAACGCCUGCAGGAGCUGGAGCAGAAGAAGAAGGGGGCUCAGCAGUGACCUGGCUAGGAAAGAACUUUUUGCUCACCAUUAAUUGGUACCAAUUUCUCUUCCAAGAGAUUCAUAUUUGUUGUACAAAACACCCACACAAAAUGCUGCCAUCGCUUGUGGCAUUGAUACCAGAUUCAUUCCAGUGUCUUGACUCCUGAUUAGGAAACUGGUAGCAUGAGGGUGAGAAGAGGAGGGGAGGUCUGGUCUUGCUUUCAUUUGGUUAUGAAGUCCAGAUUUUUUCCUUGUGUGCAAUGCCAGAUGGAAGUUGCUAGAAUCCUGGAGAACCUGGAACCAGUUCCAGUGUGUUAAAUGGUGGCAUUUACUUGGAAGAACUGGAGUGUGUGCAGAGGAGGGAGGGUGUGUGAGUGUGUGUGUGACACUGUUAAGAUAUCUGUAUAUAUCUGAGUGUAUAAAAUACAGAAAUCCUCUAGUAAUAUAUUCACAGACUCUUACAAAAACCAAGGCUGUUCAGUGCCUGAUUUCUUUGCAGGCACAAUUUUGUUUGAUUUCUGUGUGCUUAUCUGUGGCUGUGCUUAACUUCUACCUGUAGGUAAUUCAGUUUUGUACCUCACCGAGAGAUCUGUGGCUUUAGAGAUGCUGGGAUUUCAAAGCAGCAGUGUCAGGGAUGCAUCUGUGUGCAGGUAGGCAGAGCAAACACACACAAGUUGUUUUGUUGUGUCUAGAAACCAAAAUAAUGGGAAGGAGGGGACAUUUUGGGUGCUCCUGUUGUUGAACCCCCCGUCUCAAAACAUAGGCCAGGAUUUCAUUGUUGCUGAACAGCUGCGGUUUUCAUCAGUUGCCUGGAGUUGUCAGUCACUUUGCAUGAGAAACAUGAGACUUGAUUUGCAGAGUAUCUUAAAAUGAGGCUACUCAAAGGAAACUUUCACUUGGGAAAAUGGAGCCCUUUGUUUAGAGCUCCAAAGCCAGCAUCAAAAACAGAUCCUCCACCUUCCAUCUAUAACUUUGAUUCAUUCUUUGCUAUCCCUAAAUAGCAUAAAACUAGACUGGUGCGAGAGGGUGGUGUCCUCACAGAGCCUGCAGAACUGAGGCUCAGCAGGAUGAGGUGCCCCAGGUGUAUCCACAAGUUUGAGACAUCUGACUUGUGCUCAGUGAGGCUGCUUGAUUCAGACCUUGGCUUCAUCUCUGGUGUUGCCCUGUUUGUGUAAUCCCUGUGCUCUGCUACCAGAUGUCAUUUAAAGAACCUCCUCCAGCAGUGACACCAGGCGUACAGGCAGUGUCCUUAAGAGGGCAGCAACAUCUUGGCCUGUAAUAACAGAGCAGCUUUGGCUUCCAGAUGUUAUCUUGGACGUUAUGAUUCUUUGUCUGUGCCCUCUUCAAACAGACUAUCCCAGCCCAAUUCUGUGUUUCAGAUAUGCUUUGUUGCUCAUGUUGGUGAUUGGAUGUUUUGUGCCAGUGUUUCACUAAGUGACUUAGAAUGUGGCGUGGCUGUUUGUGUUUGAGGCAGAAUUUAACCCAGCCAUUUAUUUGAAUGUAGCCUCAAGAGGAGUGUAAAAGAUCAGAAAUCUCUCAAAUAAAGACAAAUGUGUCUGAGA